CGGGCGCCCACCAUGAGCGACGAGGGUCGCGGGGACGGGCGCGCCGAGAGCGCCCGGGACCUGGAGAAGCAGCUCCGGCUGCGCGUGUGCGUGCUCAGCGAGCUGCAGAAGACCGAGCGCGACUACGUGGGCACGCUGGAGUUCCUGGUGUCGGCGUUCUUGCACCGGAUGAACCAGUGCGCAGCAUCGAAACUUGACAAAAAUGUAACAGAAGAAACCGUGAAGAUGCUGUUCUCAAACAUUGAGGAUAUCCUUGCAGUACACAAAGAAUUCUUAAAGGUCGUGGAAGAGUGCUUGCAUCCAGAACCUAAUGCUCAGCAAGAAGUGGGAACCUGCUUUCUUCACUUUAAAGACAAGUUUCGCAUCUAUGAUGAAUAUUGUAGUAAUCAUGAGAAGGCCCAGAAAUUGCUCUUUGAACUUAACAAAAUAAGAACAAUCCGGACAUUUCUUUUGAACUGCAUGCUGCUCGGAGGACGGAAGAACACAGAUGUCCCUCUGGAAGGAUACUUGGUAACGCCAAUACAAAGAAUAUGCAAAUACCCUCUACUUUUGAAGGAGUUGCUUAAGCGGACUCCAAGGAAACACAGUGACUAUGCAGCAGUCAUGGAAGCUCUCCAAGCCAUGAAAGCCGUCUGUUCCAACAUCAACGAGGCCAAGAGACAGAUGGAAAAGUUGGAAGUUUUAGAGGAGUGGCAGUCUCAUAUUGAAGGCUGGGAGGGGUCCAACAUUACUGAUACCUGUACAGAAAUGCUAAUGUGUGGAGUCUUACUGAAAAUUUCUUCUGGAAAUAUUCAAGAGCGGGUAUUUUUUCUUUUUGAUAAUCUUUUGGUGUAUUGCAAAAGAAAACACAGACGGUUGAAAAAUAGCAAAGCAUCUACUGAUGGACAUCGGUACCUUUUUCGUGGCCGGAUCAAUACAGAGGUGAUGGAAGUGGAGAAUGUGGAUGAUGGCACAGCUGACUUCCAUAGCAGUGGACACAUUGUUGUUAAUGGAUGGAAGAUACAUAACACAGCCAAAAAUAAAUGGUUUGUGUGUAUGGCAAAAACACCUGAAGAGAAACGUGAAUGGUUUGAAGCUAUUUUGAAAGAACGAGAACGGCGGAAAGGUUUAAAAUUAGGAAUGGAGCAAGACACCUGGGUAAUGAUCUCUGAACAGGGUGAGAAACUUUAUAAAAUGAUGUGCAAACAAGGAAAUCUGAUCAAAGACAGAAAAAGAAAACUGACUACGUUCCCUAAAUGCUUUCUGGGAAGUGAAUUUGUGUCAUGGCUGUUGGAAAUUGGAGAGAUUCACAGGCCUGAGGAAGGUGUUCACUUGGGACAAGCAUUAUUGGAAAAUGGAAUCAUCCAUCAUGUUACAGAUAAACAUCAAUUCAAACCAGAACAGAUGCUGUAUAGAUUUCGUUAUGAUGAUGGGACCUUUUAUCCAAGAAAUGAGAUGCAGGAUGUGAUUUCAAAGGGUGUGCGAUUAUAUUGUCGUCUUCAUAGUCUGUUCACUCCAGUCAUAAGAGAUAAAGAUUAUCACUUAAGAACCUACAAAUCUGUCGUUAUGGCCAACAAGCUGAUAGACUGGUUGAUUGCACAGGGGGAUUGCCGCACCAGAGAAGAGGCGAUGAUAUUUGGCAUUGGGCUCUGUGACAAUGGAUUUAUGCACCAUGUGCUUGAAAAAAGUGAAUUCAAAGACGAACCUCUACUUUUCCGUUUUUUUGCGGAUGAGGAAAUGGAAGGGUCAAAUAUGAAACAUCGACUGAUGAAACAUGAUUUAAAAGUUGUGGAAAAUGUUAUAGCUAAAUCCUUAUUGAUUAAAUCCAAUGAAGGCAGCUAUGGUUUUGGAUUAGAAGACAAAAAUAAAGUUCCAAUAAUAAAGUUGGUGGAAAAAGGGUCUAAUGCUGAGAUGGCUGGCAUGGAAGUUGGGAAAAAGAUUUUUGCGAUUAAUGGUGACCUAGUUUUUAUGAGACCUUUCAAUGAAGUGGAUUGCUUCCUGAAAUCAUGCUUAAAUAGCAGAAAACCUCUAAGAGUUCUUGUGAGCACAAAGCCAAGGGAGACAGUGAAAAUCCCAGAUUCAGCGGAAGGACUUGGCUUCCAGAUCCGAGGAUAUGGCCCGUCGGUGGUGCAUGCAGUAGGAAGAGGAACUGUGGCUGCAGCUGCUGGUCUUCACCCUGGACAGUGUAUCAUCAAAGUCAAUGGAAUCAAUGUCAGCAAAGAGACACACGCCAGUGUUAUCGCCCACGUCACGGCCUGCAGGAAGUACCGGAGACCAACGAAGCAAGAUUCCAUACAAUGGGUUUAUAAUAGUAUUGAGAGCGCUCAGGAAGACCUUCAGAAGUCCAACUCCAAACCGCCAGGAGAUGAAGCAGGGGAUUCCUUUGACUGUAAAGUGGAAGAGGUAAUUGACAAGUUCAGCACCAUGGCGAUCAUCGACGGGAAGAAGGAGCACGUGAGUCUGACAGUGGACAAUGUCCACCUGGAGUAUGGUGUCGUGUAUGAAUAUGACAGCACUGCUGGGAUCAAGUGCAACGUGGUGGAGAAGAUGAUCGAGCCCAAGGGCUUCUUCAGCCUCACUGCCAAGAUUCUUGAAGCCCUGGCUAAAAGUGAUGAUCAUUUUGUACAAAACUGCACCAGCCUUAGUUCUUUGAAUGAAGUGAUUCCUACUGACCUUCAAAGUAAAUUCAGUGCCAUUUGUAGUGAAAAAAUUGAGCGCAUAUGUCAGAGAAUAUCCAGUUAUAAAAAGUUUUCUCGUGUACUGAAGAAUAGAGCCUGGCCCACCUUUAAACAGGCCAAAUCUAGAAUCUCCCCUCUGCACAGUAGUGACUUCUGCCCCACCAACUGCCAUGUCAACGUGAUGGAAGUUUCUUAUCCCAAAACAUCAACAUCCCUGGGGAGUGCGUUUGGCGUUCAGUUGGAUAGUAGGAAACAUAAUUCUCAAGAUAAAGAAAAUAAAUCUGAACAAGGAAAACUAAGCCCUAUGGUGUACAUUCAACAUACGAUCACAACCAUGGCGGCCCCUUCAGGUCUGUCUCUGGGACAGCAAGAUGGACAUGGUCUCCGGUAUUUGUUGAAAGAAGAAGACUUAGAAACCCAGGAUAUCUAUCAGAAACUUCUGGGCAAACUUCAGACUGCACUGAAAGAGGUGGAGAUGUGUGUUUGUCAAAUAGAUGACCUUCUGUCUUCGAUAACAUAUUCUCCUAAAUUAGAACGUAAGGCAUCCGAGUCCAUAGUCCCAACAGACAGUGACAACGAGAAGGGAGAGAGAAACAGCAAGCGCGUCUGUUUUAACAUGGCCGGAGACGAGCAAGAAGACUCGGGUCACGACACCAUCAGCAACAGGGACUCUUACAGUGACUGCAACAGCAAUAGGAACUCCGUUGCCUCCUUCACCAGCAUCUGCAGCAGCCAGUGCAGCUCGUAUUUUCACAGCGAUGAGAUGGACUCAGGUGAUGAACUUCCCCUAAAUGUUCGCAUUUCUCGUGAUAAACAGGACAAGAUACACAGCUGCCUUGAGCAUCUUUUCAGCCAGGUGGAUUCCAUAACCAAUCUCCUGAGAGGCCAAGCUGUUGUGAGGGCCUUUGAGCAAACUAAAUACCUGACACCAGGUCGAGGAUUACAAGAGUUUCAUCAGGAAAUGGAAACAAAGCUGAGUUGUCCGAAAAGGUUAAGACUUCACAUCAAGCAAGAUCCUUGGAAUCUUCCCAGCAGUGUCCGGAAUCUUGCUCAGAACAUCAGAAAAUUUGUUGAAGAGGUAAAGUGUAGGAUACUCCUGGCUCUUCUUGAAUAUUCAGAUAGUGAGACACAGCUCCGAAGAGACAUGGUUUUCUGCCAGAGCCUGGUAGCCACUGUCUGUGCCUUCUCUGAGCAGCUCAUGGCGGCCUUAAACCAGAUGUUUGACAACAGCAAAGAAAACGAGAUGGAAACGUGGGAGGCCAGCAGAAGGUGGCUGGACCAAAUAGCAAAUGCAGGAGUUCUUUUUCACUUUCAGUCCCUUCUAUCACCGAACUUGACAGAUGAACAAGCCAUGCUAGAAGACACACUGGUUGCACUGUUUGAUUUGGAAAAGGUUUCUUUUUACUUUAAACCAUCAGAAGAGGAACCAUUGGUUGCAAAUGUUCCUCUUACUUAUCAAGCAGAAGGAAGCCGGCAAGCUCUGAAAGUUUACUUCUACAUUGAUAGUUAUCAUUUUGAACAACUGCCUCAACGGUUGAAAAAUGGAGGAGGGUUUAAAAUUCAUCCUGUUCUUUUUUCACAAGCACUGGAGAGCAUGGAAGGAUAUUAUUAUAGAGACAAUGUUUCGGUGGAGGAAUUUCAAGCUCAGAUAAAUGCAGCCUCCUUGGAAAAGGUCAAACAGUACAACCAGAAGCUCAGGGCAUUCUACUUGGACAAGUCAAAUUCACCACCAAACUCUACAUCUAAAGCUGCCUAUGUAGAUAAGCUCAUGAGGCCUCUCAAUGUUUUGGAUGAACUUUAUCGACUGGUGGCCUCAUUUAUCAGAUCCAAGCGCACGGCUGCCUGUGUGAACACAGCUUGCAGCGCCUCCGGAGUCGGGCUGCUUUCAGUGUCCUCGGAGCUUUGCAGUAGGCUGGGGGCCUGCCACGUCAUCAUGUGCAACAGUGGCGUGCAUCGGUGCACCCUGAGUGUGACCCUGGAGCAGGCCAUCAUUCUGGCCAGAAGCCACGGACUGCCUCCUCGCUACAUCAUGCAGGCUACAGAUGUGAUGCGAAAGCAGGGAGCAAGAGUUCAGAACACAGCAAAGAAUUUGGGAGUCAGAGACCGGACUCCACAAUCUGCUCCAAGGCUGUACAAGCUAUGUGAGCCGCCUCCCCCAGUUGGAGAAGAAUGAGGAGCAUCUUCAAGGAACCAGACAAGCAGAAGCUUCUGAACACUGGAUGAGACAAAGAACGUGCUGGCUAAACAUCCUCCACUCAACAUAGAGAAAUGGACUUUUUUCUCUGAGUCUUUCAUCAUGGUGUAAAUAACUAAUGUUCAGCUUAUACUUAGAUGUUUGUGCUGGAAAUGGAUAGACGUCCAUUCAAACAACUCAGCUUCACAAACUGAUCUCUCUCUGUGUUAACAUGAAUUAUUCAUCCUGGAGAUUAUAUGAAAAAAGAUCUGAGAUGAAACAUUAACCAUUGUGCCUCCUUUCCCAUCUAUUGAAAUUACCAUAUUGCAUUUGCUUUUCAUCUUCUCCAAAUGGAGCGUGUAAUUAUGGAUAUUUCCAUUUGAAGAAGUCUGUCCUUGGAGAAACCUGGCCACACUUUCCAGGUGAUCACACAGAAAUGUGACAGACGGCAGUGACUGGGCGUCAUAGGUUUUCCAUCUCCUGCUUGCAUCUGAGAAAGUCAUUUGUGGGUGAAAGGUGAGGAGCAUCCUUUACUCUUUUUCAGUAAGAGAAAGAGUAUUUCUCAGUAGAGGAGAAGAAUGCUGACUGAGGCCUCCAGCAGCAUCUUCCUCCAGCUGCUUUCAGGGACGCUUUCUGCUUGUGGAGCGUUCCAGCGACCCAGUGCUGUCCUUGAUCUCCGAAAUGAACAUGGCUUCCUUGGAUAAUGAGUCCUGAAGCUGGGACGUAGGUGUCCAGGGGUGAGGAGAAGGAGGGAUUGGGAAGGAUUGGGAGGACGACUAGGGUGAAGCAGGGGAAAAUAAACCUAUUAAAAAACUCAACCUUUAAAUUUGAAAGAUACCCAAAACUCUUAUUCAGGCUUUCAUAUGAGAUGUCAGACUCUUAGAGAAUACACCAUACUGAGUGUGUUUCUGUCAAGGUAGUAUAUGUAUAAGAUGAGAAAAUAAAGCUUUAUUUGUUGAACUUUAAAAGAACUGUUAGAGACCUUGAUAAUUUAUGAAAGUACAAAGUAUAUUCUAUUUUCGUUCUAAAGUUUACAUAAUGUUUAUCUGUCUCCAUUGAUAAAAUAUUAAUAACAUUUCCUUAGCACAGUGAAAACCGUAAUGUUGAUUUUAAAUCUAUAAUUUUCAAAACAGUUAAAUGCCUCUGCUGUGAUUGUGAUACUUUUAUGGAUUUAGAUUAAUUUCCUAUAUGAAAUGCUUUCCAUAACUAAAGUAGUUACACACCAUUACUAAAUUUUAAUUUAUGAAAUUUGAUAAUAGUUUUCAAAUUCAUUAAAAAGCCUUCAUCACUAGCAGUUGUGUGUUCAAUAACAAAAACACUGUUAUGUGUGUUUGAGGUCUUCAUGUCCUGGUCAAGGUAAUAAAUGUUAUUUCGCAUAGAAGUACUGAAGACUUUCAUGAUAAGUACAUAUUUAUAACGAAAAAUAAACCAACAUCAGAGUUUUCAGACAAAAAAGUUGAACACUUUGAAUUUAAUGAAGAUAUAACCUUAAUAUAAAUAUUUACGUUAAAUACGAUCUUAAUUUUCAGGGCUUUAACACUUUUGAUACUAUUGCCAGUAAUUCUGAAGGUCCAUGAAAUUAGUAAACUGUGAUGUUCCUGUUACUGACAAUUUGAUUACAUUUAACAUGGGAAUAAUGAGUGAGCAAAACUGAUUAACUAGCAAGUACUUUUCAUGUUGUCAUUACUGUUCUCUGAUCACCACCCUGAAAGCCGUAUUCCUUGUUAAAGGUAUGAAGAGGCCACUUAAACAUUUCAGUCAUAGUUUGUAUUUCAUGGGAGAAAUUAUCUGCUAUUGUAGUAUUUAUAAAUUAGCAUACUUUAAGAUUGAACCUGUAUAUAAUAGAAUGUACUUAAUACUAUUUUAAGGGUUAAACAUGGUGUAAGUGUACCAUCUGUCAAUGCUUGGCACUUAAUAAAAACUCAAAAGUUAGUGAUGACAUGUUGCCAUCAAUCACUGUGAUUUUUUAUUGUAAUGAAAAUUGUAGCUAAAACCUAAGUAAUUUCUCUGUGCCAAGCCAUACCUCCAGGUGCUUUGCCGUAGUUUCUUGUUAUUGCUUCAUUCAUCCUCAUAAUGAUGCUUUGAGGUGAUAUUCUUAGCGUCACUCCUGUUUUAUGGUUGAGGAACUGAGGCAAAGAAUGGUUCAGUGACUUGCCCAAGAUCACAUGGCCAAUAAGUGAUAGAACCAGGAUCUGAGCCUAGGAAGUCUGCCUUCUUAAUACAUUGUGUUACUUUCCCUUAUUAAUAUAGGAAAUGUUAUAAUACUGCCAGUUAUUUGUUAGUAAAGUUGGGGUUCUGUGUGCUGUGGGCCAUUACAUUAUAUGUGUUAUAUUGAGAAAAAAGUGAAUGAAAACAUAUAAAGUGCCUCUAAAUAUGUGAAAAUCACAGGAUAUGCUAGACAUUUUGCCAUUCUGGAUAGACAUUAUGAAGUAACCUAAUGCUAUUGCAAUCUGAAAAGACAUGAUCUAUUCUUCAUAAUUGAAGAAAAUAGUUUUAGAUAUGUUUUAAAAGUGUUGAAUAGUACAUUAUAUAAAAUCUGACUGAUUCCAAAACAGUGGUGACAGCGAAAAAUCGUGUGAUUGAAUGAAUAAGGACAACUCUUCAACACCACGAUGUACCCCUGCGUGACAGUGGACAUUCGAUUGACCUUGAGCUUUUAUGCAAGCUCGGGCACGUUCAGGGUGGUAUAACCAUAGAUUGGCCUUGAUAUGACCAUAGACUGGCCUUGAGUUUUUAGAAUGGGUUUAUCUAAAUGCUCACAUACUCUUCUGCAGCCAGUGUACCUUUAAACGUUACAAAAGCCUGCUAACAGUUCUUCCAGGUUUUCCCAACUUUGCAGAUAAGUGUGGACCUCUGCCUGUCUCCACCUAAAAUGGGAGGUCACGCCUAGAAAUUUUGGUUCUUAAUAUGGGACUGAUUCAUUAAUACUUGUUUUUUUUUUUUCAUAAAUACUUGUUAACUAGUAAAUCAUGGUCAAGAAAUCUGAAACCUUCCAUUGUACCUUACAAAGUUUUCUUACUAAAUAUUAAAAAUUAAUAUUAAAGGUAUGAGUAAUUUGAGGAGACUAGAAUUUUACACCUAUUUCCAUUACAUUUAAUGGAAAAGAAUGGAAGACAGAAAGAACGAAGGAAAUAAAGAGGGAUGGGGAAGGGAGGGAGGGAGGAAGGAAAGAACUUUUGUACUGGUUUUACUUAUACUGGAUAUAUAAUGUUGAAUUUAGAAUCUAAGCUUUAUUUUAUGAACCAGUAUCCCCAUCUUAGGCGUCUCAUACUAUUUUCUGUCUUUUCAAAUCACAUUCUUCUAGUGAUUUAGAUUCCCUGUGCGUUCAACGGCCACUCUACUUGCAGCAACAAUGUUCAAUUUAUUGAAGUUAGAUUAAUUUCUCAUGAUAUUAUAACAUAUGACAUUGUAAUGAUAUUGGUUCUGACUCUAUUAAUUUAAAUUUUGUGAUGAAUUCAGAACAGCAUGAUACUGACCUUGGCACUAACUGUAAAAGCCAAGAAAAUGAAUGGGUAAAAAAAUCCUGAGUGGCAUAUUAAGUCAUUUAGGAAAACAAACUAUUUUCUACUCUUUGGACACAUUUUACCAGCAAAACUAAUUUUACUGACUUGGAAGCAUUCCUUUGAGUUACUGUAUGUAUUUGAAAAUAAUAAAUUUGUAAUUAGAACACUACUCUUUCAUUAGUUCAUAUAGUUCCUAUGUAGCAUGGUUCAGUGUAGAUUAGAAGGCAUAUUUUUAUUCACCUAUGUAUUCAGUAAAACAUAAAGUUGAAAUUUAAAAUGACUAAUCUUAAGUCAUUUUCAUUUACCUUUUACUUUAAAGGUAAUUUUUAGAUUUUCUUCACUAGCUGAAUUUACAAAUAGUGAAACUAACCUUUAGCAUGUGAUUAAAUUGCUUCUGACUUUUAAAAUUUAUGUUUAAUUUUUAAAGGCUUUUUUAAGUGAAUUAUCAUACAAAAUGAUAGUUCAGUUAUGAUCCCAACAUUAGUAGCAGUUAUUUCAUUAACAGGUGUAUAUAUUAAUCGACUUGCUGAAUGAAUUGUCAGUUGUCCUAUGUAAGUAUGAAGACAAAAAUUUUGGAAAUGGUUUAGGACAAUCUGAACCUUGAUUAAGAAAAAUACUCUGUAUUUUAUAAAGCUUUCCACAUUUAGAGAUGAGCCUCAGAAAAGUUUUAUUCUUUAUGAAGCAGACAAGUUGGGAUAAGCUUCCGACAGGUGUCUGGACCAAGGAUGGGCUCAGGCUGAUCCCUUUUACAUACAGUGGCCACAACCUUUGAAGGUGCUGUGAUUCCAUAGUCAUUAUUAUGGUUAGUCUUUUGUUUUCGAAAAAUAAGUUUUGCUUUUAACAGUAAUCUCAGCGUUCAUAUGUGCCAAGUUGUGCUUGACCUCCUUCACUCAGGAUAGUUUGCUUCUCAUUGAGAAGACAUUUCUGAAGUCUACUAGGUUUACUAAGAGAUAAAUAUAUAUUUUAUAUACAUAUAUUAAUAUUUAUAAUGUUUUGUUUUUAUGAUAAUACAUUAUAAGAAUGACUUAGAUUCUUCUGUCUUAUUUAGUAUGAAGGUAUGAAAUAUGCAGUGGUUCGGUAUAUUGAAUAUGUGUCUAAAUAUGCCGUAAGUGUCCCUGGUAGGCCAUCUUUUGAUCACUGGCACAGUCUGCUACUUAGUCUGGAGUCUAUUGAUCUGGCUUUGCCAUCAGAGGUAGUUGAUUAAGAACAAAAUUAUUGAAUUCUUAAAUGAUAAUUCUAGUAGAAAUAGAAAGCUUUGGACAGCUCAUUUGGGGUCAAAUUACAGAAUAAAUAUUAUCCACUCACGUGUCAUUCAACAAACGUGUUUGAGAAUUCACUUUGUCAAAGGCACAGUUGGUGGGCUGCCUUUAUGCGUUGCAUGUAUUUGGUUCAAAAAUCUUCUCAUUGUCUCCUCCGCGUUAAUCUCCUUUGUGUCUUUUUCCUGUAGUGACGUUAUUUGUAAUGCAAACUUACUCUAAUACCAUGUAGAUACCUAUAUUGUAUGAUUUCAAGAAUACUAAGUUGAUAAAAUGCUCUAGAAAGCAUACAUUUAAACUUAAGUAUCUAAUCCCUCAAACAAAUUUACUAGAGUUUCAGACGAAUAUAUAUUUUUGUAACUGCCAGGUAAAUGAGUAGAACAUAGCUUUUUUGUUUAAAAAUAUUUUUAUAAGUAUGCAUUUACACAGUAUUCAUUAUUUUAAACAUUAAAAUAUCAAGUGGGUUCUAUAAAUAGUGAUUCUUUUGAAUAUAUCCAUAUUUAACAUUGUAUAACACCCAAAUUUUAAUGACAAAUGUCAUAUGAAUGUUAUUAUAGUAGUGUGUUUUUCCCUUUGUAAAAUAUACAUGUAACAUAGUUUGAAUCUCUCAGUAUUUUGUGCAUGGAUAAAAUAAUCAAGUGUAUCAUGUAUUUUAUAUCAUUUAUUUUUGUCUGCAUAAAAGACUAGAGUAGUAACAUUGUAUCAUGUGUCAAAAAAAUAAUAAAGUGAAAUGUAGU